CAGCUGGAUGAAACAGAAGAUGUGGACGAACGGAAACGAAUUCGAGAUAGGCUAAGGAAAGUUCAAUUUGAAAUUAAAGCACAAAGAGAAAAAGACCGACGCCGAAGGGAAGAUGAACGAGAAGCAGCUAUUCGAAAUCGUCUGAAAGAAGCAGAUGAAAAGAAGCGAAAAACUUUACAGAUGUACAGCGAAAUGGCUAAAGAAGGAGGACCACCGGGAUCUAAAGGUAGCCGUUCUGAUUCUCCUGCGCGUGGUGUGAUGGAUCGUCCCAAGGAUCUUGUAGAACAAACGAUCCAAGAGAGGCUCCGAGCUGCUGACGAUCGGAAAAAAAGAAUCAUGGCUGCAUACGAUCACGCUGCCAAAAGUCAACCGGCUGGUGGUGCAAGAAUCGUAGAAUUCGAUGCUUUCAAGAGUGCAGAUGUCUCCAAGUUAAAAACGCCUGCCCCCGUAAAAGGAAGUUGUUGUUUUAGUAUGUCUGGUGGAGUGCCAAAAGUCGAAAAAGUGGCACCUGCGUCCGUUCCCAAGCCCGCACCAGAAGAUGACUCUCAUCUCGAUCCCAUGGAGAGGGCGAUCCGGGCUCGGGUAAGAGAAGCCGAAGAGCGGAAACGUCGAACCCUUGCCGCAUACGAUAUGGUGGCGAGAUCGGGAGGAGCUGGACCCAAAGUCGUGAUACUCGAAGAAUUCAAAGAUCUCAAAGUGGAUGCCGAACCUAAACCACGCCCACGUUACGAUCCAUGCUUCAGAGGAGGAUUGAAAACAUAGAUUUUAUUGAAAUGGUGCAAUUCGAAAAUUUUAACCAAUCAAUGAAGAGCUCAAUACCAUUCGUGUACUUUUGUCUUCCCCUUCUCAGCUACAAGAGUGCGUGAUUCUAAAUCACAUCUGUCAAGAAGAGAAACUGAUUGAAUUUGCUUUUCAGAUGACAAUGACGAAAUGUUUCUUUAGAAUUUCAAAGUUUAUUAAACUGUUAAAACAACCUUUAGAUACCUAUGUUGAUUAAAAUUGUUUUAAUACUAAAAA